AUGGUCUACAUCCGCCAACAACAGCUGGAAAAGCUGAAUGAAUACAAAUACAGCGGCGUCGACCGCAGUCUGGUUUCCCGCUACAUUCUAAAACCCUACUGGUGGAGCAAAGUCAUUGAGCUUUUCCCUCUGGGCAUGGCACCUAACGCCAUCACGCUCUCAGGCUUCGGUUUCGUGAUUGCCAAUAUCUUCACGAUGCUCUACUAUACCCCUACCCUGGACCAGGAUUGCCCACGAUGGGUGUAUGCUUCCUGGUCCAUUGGGCUGUUUCUGUAUCAGACUUUCGAUGCUAUCGAUGGAACGCAGGCGAGGCGGACGGGGCAGAGUGGGCCGUUGGGGGAACUGUUCGAUCACGGAGUUGAUGCUCUCAAUACUAGUCUGGAGGUCCUGCUCUUCUCGGCUACGAUGCAAUUCGGGCAAGGAUGGAAAACAGUUUUGGUGCUUUCUGCUAGUUUGUUGACGUUCUACGUGCAGACUUGGGAUGAGUAUCAUACCAAGACUUUAACGCUGGGCUUGGUCUCCGGGCCGGUGGAGGGCAUUUUGACGCUCUGUGUUGUUUAUGCUGUUACGGCUUGGAAAGGCCCAGGGUAUUGGCAGCAGUCUGUUAUGAGGGCCUUUGGGGUGCCGAAGAUGGGAUUCUUGCCUGAUGUGGCGUAUGAAAUGGACUUCGGCGACUUUUAUAUGGUUUAUGGGGGGCUUUUGGUCGUGUUCAAUACUGUUGAGAGCGCGAUGAACGCCAUGUCCGCUCGUCGCAAGAGGAAUGAGCGAGCACGAGAUGCUCUGAUUGGACUCCUCCCGUUCUUCGCAAUCUGGACCGUCAUCGCCUCGUAUCUUGCGCUGCAACCUAACAUCCUCCACAACCACCUCGUACCAUUCGUCUUUUACGUCGGUCUCAUCAACGCCUAUAGCGUAGGACAGAUGAUCACCGCUCACCUUACCAAAGCACAGUUCCCGUACCAGAACGUGCUUGCGCUACCACUCAUCUACGGCGUCAUGGAUGCCAUUGGUCCUGCUCUACAGAGCCGGAUAGGUUUCGGCUGGCCGAGUGCCUUGGGAGAUGGUGUUUAUCAGGUCGCAUUCAUGUUCACUUGUCUUGGAUUUGCAGUGGGUGUCUAUGGAAGCUUUGUCGUGGAUGUCAUUGUCACUAUUUGUGACUUCUUGGAUAUUUGGUGUUUGCGGAUCAAACACCCUCAGACAACUGGGACGAAAGGGACUAGCGAUAAAAAAGGCGCUAAGAAGGAGCUUUAG